AUGAACUUUGUGAAGUUCCUUGGGCAUUUGAUCAAGAGCGCAGAGGAGUGGAACAUGAUGAACUUGCAGCUGCUGCAAAACUUCGACCCAGGCUUGAAGCAUUUCAAGCACUGCUUUUUCCGCUUGCUCAUCGAGACCUCCAGAGACUUCGCAUUGCGGCAAGUGCCAAAGGCUAUGGACAUCGGUCCCUCUGUUUUGCUGCCCCAGACAACCCUUUCGCGUGGUGGCAGCCGCAACCCGGACGCCAACAUGCCGCCAGAGUUGCUGCGUGGUCUCAGUAGCUCGAGCGGGCCGCCUUCGCUCUCCAGAAAGGUCAGCGGCCCCGGCGCACCGUCGCUGCACCGCCAGCGCUCGCGGGCCCAGCAGGAGCUUCAGGCGCAGAACGAGGCGGAUGCCAAGGCCGAGAAGGAGGGCGUUGGAAGGAUUGAAGCGUCCAUGUACGUGGCACGCUUUGACCAGAUGCCUUCUUGGGAGAGCACUGCUCACCCAGUGGCCAACUUCAAGAAGAACGAUCGCGGCAACAUUAUUGGAUGCAACAUCAUGAGCUUGCAGCCCAAUUGGAUCGGCCACUAUAUCGACAGGAACCUGCAGAACUCUCUCAACUUGAAUGAUCUGAAGCUGGACAGGGACUGGUCAAAGGUUACGCACCAAGAUGCCGUGCAACUGGUGCACCAGAUCGAGGGCGGAACUCUGCUCACCAAGAAGGAUUUCCAACAGGGUCCAAAGGACUAUGUGGUGACUGUGGACAACCUCAUCAAGCUCAUGAGCAUCCAGCAGCGUCUUAGGUAUGGUUUGCCAGUGAUCCUGAUGGGCGAGACCGGCUGCGGGAAGACCGCACUGGUGAAAUUUUUGGCAGAGACGCUGGAAUUCCAGCUCUUCACCUUGGACAUCCACGGUGGAAUCACGGAUGCAGCAAUUGUCGACUUCUUGGAGCAGUCGAUCGCUAAAGCGAACUCCAGCUCGGGCGUCUUGCUCUUCCUUGACGAGAUCAAUGCGGCAAACUGCAUGGCGCUGUUCAAGACGAUCAUCAUUGAUCGCAUGUAUGGCAACAAGGUGAUCCCAGAGAAUGUCAGAAUCAUCUCCUGCUGCAACCCCUACCGGAAGCGUCGCAACAAGGAGCUGGAGGAUGUGGCCCUGGUCUUCUCCUCUGCCACAGGCGAUGCCAGUGGUAUCUCAGACCCCAUGAAGGAGCUGGUGUACCGCGUGCACCCACUGCCUGAGAGCCUUAUCGAUGUGGUCUCGGACUUUGGCUCUCUGUCGGAAGCCUCUGAGGACAUCUACGUCAAGGCAAUCUUGCGGAAGGAGCUGCCACAACUGGGCGAGGCGCAGCCCGCGGCGGGAGCGGCGGGAGCAGCCCCCCCGGCGCAGGGCCAGCAAAAUGAUGCAGCCCUACCCCCUGACGACUACCAGGUCUUCAUGAAGGCCUUCUGUGACCUGCUCUGCCAGUCGCAGAGCUACGUCCGCGAGGUCAACGAGGGGGAGCGAAGCGUGGUGUCCAUGCGCGACAUUGGCCGUGCAGCGCGGGUCUUCAAGUGGUUCCUGACUUCCUACUCCAAGCUGCGGGGUGAGAAGGCCUCUGCAGCCGUGCGGGACGACAAGGACGGCGCCCUGAAGAUCAACGUUUGCCCGGAGCUCCGCGAACACCUGAGGAAUGCGCUGGUGCUGACAAUGGGCUACUGCUACCAUUCCAGGUUGACCAGAAACCAGCGAUGGGGCUACCGCAAGAGGCUCUGUGAGACCUGGGAGCGCAUCAGGACUCAGGAUGCAGGGGCCAUGGACUGGCUGCGCCUGGACAAUGCCAACGACCUCAACACCAUGCUUAUCUCAACGAGCUUCGAGUUUGUGUCGCAGAUGGACCUGGGCGAAGGCAUUGCCCUCAACGAGGCUUUGCGGGAGAAUCUCUUCAUGCUGCUGGUGAGCGUCAUGAAUCAGAUCCCCAUUUUGCUCAUCGGCAAGCCUGGCUGCUCCAAGAGUCUGGCGAUGGGUGUUUUGCAGAACAACCUCAACGGCGAGGUCUCCAGCCGUGAGUUCUUCAAGUCCAUGCCGGCAGUUGACGUCUUUGCCUAUCAGUGCUCGCCGCUCUCCACGCCGGAUGCCAUUCUCAACGCCUUCCACUCCGCUCGGCAGUCCAACCUUGGCCACAAGAGCACCAUCGUUUGCGUGCUCUUGGAUGAGGUCGGCCUGGCGGAGGAGUCCCCGCACCUGCCGCUGAAGGUGCUGCACAAGGAGUUGGAGGACCUCCGUGGCAUUGCGUGCGUAGGCAUCUCCAACUGGGCGCUGGAUGCGGCGAAGAUGAGUCGCUGCGUGACGCUGUACCGGCCGCCGCCCACGGUGGAUGACCUCAGCGUGACCGCGGAGGGCAUGGUGCAGUCGGCGAAUCUGAAGGCAUACCUGAGGGCGCUCUCAGAGGCCUUCCAUGAGAUCUACAAGAGACAAAAGCGCCCAGACUUCUGGGGCAUGCGUGAGUUCUACAGCACGGUGCGGGUCAUCAACGCCGAGCUGAAGAUCCGCGCGGCCGCCGGGCUGGAGGCAGUUCUGGAGCCCAAGGUGCUGAUGAAGACGGUUCAGCGCAACUUCGGCGGGCAGCCGGAAGAGCAGCUGGAGAACUGCAUCGAAGAGUUCUUUGAGCGCACUGGCAUGGACCACCAGCAUGUGACGAAGCUCACCACACCCGAGCUGAUCAAGCAAAACCUUCAGGAGCCUGAUGCCAGGCACCUGAUGCUUUUGACGAAGAACAACGCAGCGCUGCGGCUGCUCUUUGAAGGUGGACUUUUGGACCACAGCCGCGCAGAGGUAAUGUUUGGCAGCACCUUCCCGAACGACCUCAGCGAUAUGUUUGUGGCCAUGAAUCUGCAGCGCAUCAAGAGCUUCAUGCAGCAGCCUAUCAGUUUGGUCAUGGUGCACUGUGACUCCCUCUAUGAGUCACUUUACGACCUUCUGAACCAGCACUACAUGGAAUACGCGGGCCAACGCUACGUUCGCAUUGCGCACGGCUCGAAGGCCAAGCAGUGCCCAAUCCACAAGCUCUUCCGGGUGAUCGUGGUCACCGAGCUGAGUGAUGCCUAUUUCCGGCUUGCCGCUCCGUUGCUGAACCGCUUCGAAAAGCAGAUCUUCCUGCGAAAGGACCUCAUGACCAAGACGGACGAGGCCUUGUUGGCGCGGGUCAGCAAGUUCUGGAAUAUGCUGAAUGAGCUUAUGAAUGCGGGCAAGGCUUUCAAGGAAGAUGGGACCGAGGAGGAACGUGCGCUGGAUCAGCCGAACUCUAUGCUGAGCACGGGCUCUCAUCGGCCCAUUGCAGGCUACCACCCCGAGCUGCUGAGCUCCUUGGUUUUCACCCUGCGGAAGACCCACGCCGGCAGGCCGCUGGAGGAACUUGUGGAGAUUGCCAAGCGUGUGAUCACCUGGGUUCUGACACCGGAAGCGGUUUGCAUCACUGCGGCGACUUUGCAACCGGCUGAGAUGCAAAUGAAGUUUGGCUUUGACAUUGUCAGCGAGUACUUCGAGAAGCAGAGGCACUCGGAUUUGCCUUCUUUUGCGGAGAUGACUGUGCAGAACAAGGACUUUUGGUGCGAUGACUAUGGCAGCCAAACCAUGGUGAUGACCUACAGCCCCAUCCGCGGCAAGGUCGGGGUGGAGCUGCAGAAGGUGCAGGGCCUGGUGGCACGCCAAGAGGUGUCGCUCCAUGAGCUCUCCAGUGCUACCGACAUCGAGAAGGCAGUGCACGACUUCUACAGCUUGACCGAUGCCGCGGAUCACAAGAAUUUCCUGAUCAUUCAUGCGGACCCCGUGGCCGCUUCCGUGAGGAUGAUUGAGCACUGCCGCUUCGUAUGCGAAAAGGCACGCAACAGCUUCCUGCAGAAGGGCACCGGCACCAAGGGCUCCAUGUUUGUGGUUCUCGUGGUGCACCUGCAGCGAGGCUACGACGGGAAGUUCAGCUUCGACUUCGACUCGCAGUGGAGCGCGGUGUUCCUCGACUCCGUGGAGCCCUCGGCGGACCUGAGCUCCAUGCCAUCGCUGGGGGCCAUGCUCAACAUGCCCCUCAUCGACGUGGUGGAGGGCUUGGAGUUCCCCAAGCUGCUGCGAAGCUGCUUCCGCUCCUCGCUGUCCCGGCUCAUGUACCCUCACUCGCGCCGCCCCGGAGAUUUGCAGCAACAGAUUCAGCUGAUGCUGAAGUACAUCGAGGAUGCCGAGUUUGUCGGUAUGGUGCGGGAGUGGGUGCUUCACAUCCUUCGCCACACGCCUAAGAACCACAAGAACCCGGCUGAGGGAUCUGUUGGCGAUGACAAGCACUGGUUCGCUGCCAUUGCCUCGGCUGCGCAGGAGCUGGCCCUGGCGGGCACCUUCCGGGCCGCCCUGCAUGGGCGGGUGGUGGUGCUGGUGGGCUCCCUGCUGUCUGCGCUGCUGGCGCACCUGGAUCGCAACUCCGGCUUGGAGCUGUUGAACACGCCCAACAAGCGGGAGUAUUGGCUGAAGCUCUCUACAGCCUCCUUGCUGUCGCCUUUGAGUGCUCGCCUGCAGAAUGAGGCCAUCAGUGCCCUCACGGAGUCGGCCACAGCUCAGCAUGAGGUGGGCACCGACGCCUACACCAGCGCGCGGCCCUUCGGCAGCUGCUUCCCGGCCAGCUGGUUCAUCAGCCGCAUCAUCGAUGGAGUGCGGCACAUCAUUGAGCAGAACCCGCCGGGGGAGCAGUUGGCAGCGCUUCAGUCCCAGUACCAGAUGAGUAAGUUGGCGGAGAUCGGCAUUUGCCCUGACAUGGACACAGACAUGCUGGAAAACUACAUGGCGGACUUCACAGCAAUGCACUUGGACUGGACGCAACGCAUAGGCCGCGAUGCGCAGCUCCGGAUUGUCAAGAAGACGCUCACGAGGCUUCGGCAGAAGCCGCUGACCUCCAUCCUGGAGGUGCAUCAGCUCUUCUGGCGCUUGGAGAAAGAGUUGGCCUUCUCAGUGAACCUCCUCAACGCGGUGCCUGCAGCGGUGCCGGAGGCGGAACGCCUCAUUGAGGAAGCGGAGCUGAACUCCUUGUACUACGACCUGCUCCUGCUGGUGCACCAGACGCUGGCAGAGGAGCUCUGUGAGCUGUCGCAGAUGCCCUGUGCGCAGCACCAGGACCUCUACCGGGAGUGGCUCAUGCGGAAGCUGGUGGUCGCUGGGCUCACCAAGGACAAGCUUCUCUCUGGCCACCAGGGCGUGGAUCCAGCGAAGAUUGCCAAGUUGAAGUCCAACACCGAGCCCCGCAUCGAAAGCCUGGCCUUGGUCCUGCAGCAUGUGGCCUAUCCUUUGGAGCUUUCGCCCGAGGUGGUGAAGAAGUUCGCCGUGGAUCUUCCCAAGGACAAAAUUCGCUACUCCGGCACCUUGCUGGCGAUGCUCAACUUUGGACAGGAAGUGGUCAAGCAGAACAUGCACGCCAAAGCGCUGACCACCCUUAGCUCCUUUAUCGAGAGCUGGUUCCUGGACGUCUGCCUCCGGGACGCGGAGGCCAUGAAUGACCUCGAGCCGACAAGCCUUCGGUUGGUCUGCAGUGUGGCAGCAGGACUGCCCACCUUGCGGGCGCAGGCGGUGAGUGGCAUUGCGGCGGGCAGCCUGCAAGACUGGAGCGAGAACAAGGACUCAGGCAUUGCACAGCUCGCGGAGGGCAUGUACGUACCCCGCUCCAGCUGCCUGAACCUGGCGCUGCUGCGGAAGCUCAUCGUAUCCUCCAGCGGCCAAGCCAAGGCAGAUGCCACCAAGCACAUCGAAGAGUUGCUGAAGGUAGUUGCCGAGCAUGAGAAGCACAAUGACACCCUCUUUGCCACGCGCUAUGCCAUCUUGCAGGAGGAAGACAAGGAGGCAGACCAUGGAAAGUGCAGUUGGCAGGAGCCACAGAAUUGGCCGAGCCUGAAGCUGGAGGACAUGUUUGCCCCAGCUGUGAAGGCCACGCCGGCGAAGAUGUUGCAGCUGGUGGGCAAGUGCCGCUGCAUCCUGUCCAUGUACGGUCAGAUCCUGGUCCAAGACCCUGUGGACGAGGAUUUGCACGCCCUUGCCGUGCCUAAGGUGCACGACCUUCUGCAGACUGACAAGCACGAGCUGGCAUCCGUGUGCCGCUCCAUGCGUUUGUACUUGCUGAAGUGCAUGGAGCGCGCCCGGGGCCUGUCCUUUGUGCGCUCCCUCAUGGCGGAGCAGCCGCUGGCGGAGACCAGCUGGGUGCAGAAGUGGCGGGACUUGCACGACAUUGACUUUGAGAAGUUCAUCGGCGCGGCGCUGGUGCCAAAGUGGAACCCCUUCAAUGGGGAGACACAGGACCUGGCGGAGUACCGGGAGGCCAUGGCGGCCGUGCUGGAGCUGAUGACCACCACCUCCACGGCGAAGCUCACGAAGUUUGCGCAAGACUUCGGCCGCAUGACAGAGGAACGGCGCAGGCGACAUGUGGCAGGCCUCCUGUUGGCAGUCUGCCAAGAGCCCGGCCUGUGCGCCGCCCUCGAGGAGCCAAACCAUCGCCCGCCCUGGCGGCCGCUGCUCUCUGAGUGGCUGGCAACAAGCAAGGACCUCAAAGUCAACGACAAGGAGCGCACGCUGCUGCGGGUCUUCUCAGGGGAUGAUGCACCGAUUCAAGGGCUGCCAGAAGAGGCAAGGAAGUUCCUGGACACCUUCGUCACCUAUGGUGGCCGCAAGAUGGAUGACCUCUUGAGGUGGCGCGUGCUGGGGCACCUGGCGGCCGUGCUCAUCAGUGCGCCUGAGACAUCGCUGCUGCACUCGCUGCGAGUGAUCAUGCUGGAGCCACAAUCUCUUACUGAGGGAGCACCACCUUUCCUCCCGGCCAUGGACGAAGACAUCAGGAGUCGGGUCUUGAAGGCCUUGGUGGAGAAGGGCGAGAACAUUUGGAAGUUCAAGAGCCACUGGUACAAAUGCACCUGCGGCUUCACUUUCUUCAUCGGUGAGUGCGGACGGCCAAUGGAAGUGGCAAAGUGCCCCGGCUGCAGCUUGCAAAUUGGUGGCCGGGACCACAACAAGACCGAGCACACUUUUGAAGAUGACGAGAGCGACCGUUCCCCAUGGGGCUACAUGCUUCCAAAGGCUGAGAAGGAUGAGAAGCACGUCUCCUUCAGAGAGGUCCAGAGCAGUUCUGCCCGUGCCAUCCGCCUGAUUCUGCACGGGACCAUGUUCCUGAGUGUCAUGUCAUCUGCGUCGGAUGCAAUGCCCCGUGUCUUCGACAAGAUUGUGAAUCAAGAGUCCAUGUGCCAGCUGCCGCAGCUUUCAGAGGCUGAAUUCAUCGCUCAGCAUUUCAGCAACGACUGGAAGUCCAUGGUGGAAAUUCUCAGCAGCAACACUGAGGAUUUGGCGGUCGGCCUUCACAACCUGCUCCUGAAGAUGAGCGAGGAGGCCCGGGACGAGCCGCUGAAGCCGAUGGACCAGAGCGGCACCGCGCCCAACUGGGCGGUGCUGACCUUGCAGAAGCGAAAUGCUUGGGAAGAGACGAUCGAGUCAAAAUACCUCAAGAGCCUGAUCAAGAACCUGGAUGAUUCUUUGCAGGAGCUCUACAAGCGCUGGGGCGGUGACCAGGAGGACGGGAAGUUCGUGGCCGAACUCAAGGAGGCCGCGGACGUGAAGGACUUCCCGGCGGAGAAGCGGGAGGCGGAGAUGCCGCAGCUCUGGGCCUACCGCUCCGCGGUGACGCUGGACGCGCUCCACAACAAGAUCGGCAUGGAGAACAACGCGAAGGAAGAUUUGCCGGUGCUUUGCACAGUGCUCCAGAAUCCCCUCAUCAACAUCCUGCCUGCGCUUGGCACGCUGGUGGGCGUCUUCGAGUGGCAGUCGCUGUGCAUCAACCAGUUCAGCGGCCGGAUCACAAAGGCUCAGGCAUCAGAGAUGACGGUCGCUGAUGUCUUGGAGGAGGUGCCCCGCACCCCACAGGAGAGGCAGAUUUGGAAGUACGCCUUCAAGGCGUUCGAGCGGGCCUGGAAGCUGGCCAUGCCCUACUGCGAGUACGAGUGCUUGCAGAUUUCCGAAUCCGCACGGCAGUACAGAGUCUCCGAGUCAGACCCUAUCCUGACCUGCAUCCCAGACUCCAAGGAUGAUGGACUCUAUGCGCUGGCAGUCAUCGACUGGCUUGUGGCCCAACACAAUCAGCUGGUGCAGAUUGUAGCAGGAACCUUGGGCUAUCCAGCCAGAAAGGUGUCCUCGCGACUCCUUGCACAGCAUGAUAUUAUCAAGUUCAGCAAGACGGACCUGAUGCGCUACCUCAGCAGCCGGUGUGCCACCUGGGGCGUUGGCGGAAAGCUGAACUUGGACCUCAAGCAGGUUGAGCAGUACCUCAGAAGAGAGCUCAGCAGGCCGGAAGUCACCAUCGAGAUGCGGGGCUUCCAAUGGCUCGGGGACUCCUUCGCCGCGGGCAACGAGCUGAAGACCGUCAUCAACCAGCGGGAUCUGCUUCCAGCCACCAUCGAGCGCCUGAAGAUGGAGAUCCCGUCGCCGGCCCUGGCCAACGCGUGUCUUCAGAAGGUACAGAUGUCCAUCUCCUUCAUCGUGAAAUCCGGCAGCAGUCUUGGCACUGACAAAUCAGGUGAGAUGCUCCUCGCAGACUACAUGCGUAAUGUGCUUGCGGAGAGCCCAGAGGCCUUCAUGUCCGCAGCUGCAAGAAGUGAUGUGCACCUGUGGCAUGUAGACGCCCUGGUGAAAGUGUUGAAGCAGAUCGUGAACAAGGAUCCUCUGGACAGUAUCGAUCCUAAGUAUAAGGAAGAGCUUCCAAAGGAAUUGGAACAGGAACUCCUCGCGGCCAAGCCCAAUCUGCCUGACCAGCUGGUGACUCUGAUGGGCACCUUUGGCGAGACGCGACUUACAGAGACGGUGAUCGGCCUGGAUUAUGAGAUUUUGCCGACACUGGCAUCAAUUCGAGACCUCCUGGACAUCAAUGAUGAGAUCUUUGAGGAAAUUGAAAAGCACCUCCCUCCCACGCUGCUGAUGCGGCACUGGGCGGCCGCGGGGCACCCAAGCCUACACGCUGCUGAGAUCAUGAUGCUCAGAGUGAUGCUGGCCAAGGCCAUGGCGGAGUUGGAAGCCGCCCGGCGCAAGCUGUGCGCCAAGCUGCAGGAGCUGGAGAAGCGCCUGGCCGCCCUGGAGUCAGGUGAUGAUGCCGCGCCAUCUCGAAAGGCCGGGAGCGAUGCGCAGGUCAUGAAGAAGGUGGCCACAAGGCUCCAAGACUUCGAGUCUCAGAUCACAGCGCAGCUGUCCAACCUCCAGACCGACUUUGACAAGAAGCUGAGCCAUGUGAACCGCGGUGCCACUGCCACAAAGCCUGCGGACGGGGCUGGGGGCUCUGCUGGCCUCGACACCAUGGCAGAGGACUUGGACCAGCUCAAGUACGAUGUGGGUGAGCUAAAAGACCUUCUCGGCAACAAUAAGGGAGAAGUGAAUCAUAUCCGCCGCAUCGUCCUUGCCUGUGAGCGUGACAUGGAGGACUUUACAGCAGCCAUGGAUGCUGUGAAUGUGGACUUGGAUGAGAUGCGCGCUCGUGUGGAUGCCACCCAUUCCAUCAUCACCAGCCGCCAGCGAGUGGAGGCGACCAUGACCGCUGAGAUCUCUACCAUGCGCUUGGACAUUGGCGACAUCCAGGAAGCGCUGAAGAACCACGACAGCUGGAUGGAAGAUGUGUCUAACACCCUGCAGCAGAUGCAGGAGAAGGAGGAGAACCUUACUGAGGACAUCAUCAACUUGAAGAACGAGAUGAACACUAAACUAGACACGAAGGUGGACAACGUUGCAUGGAAGGAAGCAAACGAUGACCUGGAUGCUGCCAUCAAGACGGUCCGCGACAUGGUCUCUUCCCUGCGCCUGGAUGUCGAUGCCCGCCGCCGCAAGGUGGAUGAGAUCCUGGCCACAAUCCGCCAUGACAUUACUGCUGUGGAGACCAACUUGGAGGAGUCGAAGGCCAAGAUCACAAGCGACACCGACCAGGCAGUCAAUGCCCUGAAUGGCCGCAUCGAUUUCACCAACAAGGAUCUUGCUGCCACUCAAGAGAGCCUCCACACCACGCAGAAUUCCCUGAGUGACUGCUUCAACGAGGUGGCGGUGGUGCGCUCCGACCUGGAGCGCAACGUGGCGGACACCGAGGCGCGCCUGAAGAACGACAUCCGCCAGAAGCAGCAAGAGGCGUUCGAGAAGAUCGGAGCCGUGGAGCAGCAGGCGGAGCUCCGCAGCGCAGAAGCCUCCCGCCGCCUCGGCGCGCUGGACUUGCGCAUGAGCGGAGUGCAGGGCGGGCUGGGUGAGCACAAACGAGACAUCCUGAAGCUCCGGGAGGAGGUGAAUGGCCUCACAGUGAAGAGCGCCUCCCACGAGGUGGACAUCCAAAAGAACAGCGAUGCCACGCGCAAGAUGGAGAAGCAGCGCAACAUGGACGAGCAGAACUGGAAGGCCCAGAUGGACGCCGUGCACGAUGUCCUUGACACGAAGGUCAACGAGAAGCCCUUUGAGGACUUGAAGCACUGCACUGCAGCCUUGACCAGGGGCGUGGUGAAGUUCGCGCAGGUGGUUGGUGUCUUCCCCGGCCCCAAAUUCGAUGAUGCGGAAGGUGCAGAUCAAGGGGAGGCGGAUGUGGAGCUGCUGGGCUGGGAGGAGUGCGCAGAGAACAUGUCCUUCCGCGUGGACAAGGCCUGGCGCCAGCGCUGCUCACAGCGCUUCCGCAACAUCCUGGACAUGGUUGCAAAGAAGGCCGACCACAGCGUUCUGCGCUUGCUGCAAAUCUCCCAGCAGCACAUCGAGUCGCAGCUGGAGCGGGUGAAGCACGAGCGUGAGCUCUGGAAGGAGGUUGUGGAGCGUCGUCAGCAACAGCCCCUGCAGCUCGCGCUGUCCAUGAAGGAGCAGACGGCGCCUGCCUCCUGCGCUGGCAUCUCUGCAGUUUGGAACACUGAGAAGAUGUUUGAAAAGGCAAAGCUUCAGGACCUGGAGAAGCGCCUGGCCGCCCUGGAGUCAGGUGAUGAUGCAGCACCGCGGAAGGCGGGCGGCGACGCCCAGGUCAUGAAGAAGGUGGCCACUCGGCUCCAAGACUUCGAGUCUCAGAUCACAGCGCAGCUGUCCAACCUCCAGACCGACUUUGACAAAAAGCUGAGCCAUGUGAACCGCGGUGCCACUGCCACAAAGCCUGCCGACGGUGCUGGGGGCUCUGCUGGCCUCGACACCAUGGCAGAGGACUUGGACCAGCUCAAGUACGACGUGGGGGAGCUGAAAGAUCUGCUCGGCAACAACAAAGGGGAAGUAAACCACAUCCGCCGCAUCGUUCUUGCCUGUGAGCGCGACAUGGAGGACUUCACUGCUGCCAUGGACGCCGUGAACGUGGACUUGGACGAGAUGCGGGCCCGUGUGGAUGCCACCCAUUCCAUCAUCACCAGUCGCCAGCGAGUGGAGGCGACCAUGACAGCUGAGAUCUCUACCAUGCGCUUGGACAUUGGCGACAUCCAGGAAGCUUUGAAGAACCACGACAGCUGGAUGGAAGAUGUGUCCAACACCUUGCAGCAGAUGCAAGAGAAGGAGGAAAAUCUCACUGAGGACAUCAUUAAUUUGAAGAACGAGAUGAACACGAAGCUGGACACGAAGGUUGACAACGUUGCCUGGAAGGAAGCCAAUGAUGACCUGGAUGCUGCCAUCAAGACGGUCCGGGACAUGGUCUCCUCUCUGCGCCUGGAUGUGGAUGCCCGCCGGCGCAAGGUGGAUGAGAUUCUGGCCACUAUCCGCCAUGACAUCACUGCGGUGGAGACGAACCUGGAGGAGUCCAAGGCCAAGAUCACCAGCGACACGGACCAAGCAGUGAAUGCCCUCAAUGGCCGCAUUGACUUCACCAACAAGGAUCUGGCUGCAACGCAAGAGAGCCUCCACACCACGCAGAACUCUCUCAGCGAUUGCUUCAACGAGGUGGCGGUGGUGCGCUCCGACCUGGAGCGCAACGUGGCGGACACCGAGGCGCGCCUGAAGAACGACAUCCGCCAGAAGCAGCAAGAGGCCUUCGAGAAGAUCGGCGCCGUUGAGCAGCAGGCGGAGCUGCGCAGUGCCGAAGCCUCUCGCCGCCUCGGAGCGCUGGAUCUGCGCAUGAGCGGAGUGCAGGGCGGCCUGGGUGAGCACAAGCGAGACAUCCUGAAGCUCCGAGAGGAAGUGAACGGCCUCACAGUCAAGAGCGCUUCACACGAGGUGGACAUUCAGAAGAACAGCGAUGCAACACGCAAGAUGGAGAAGCAGCGCAACAUGGACGAGCAGAACUGGAAGGCCCAGAUGGAUGCCGUGCACGAUGUUCUGGACACCAAGGUCAACGAGAAGCCGUUCGAGGACUUGAAGCACUGCACUGCGGCCUUGACCAGGGGCGUGGUGAAGUUCGCGCAGGUGGUGGGCGUCUUCCCCGGGCCCAAGUUUGACGAUGCGGAAGGUGCGGAUCAGGGGGAGGCAGAUGUGGAGCUGCUGGGCUGGGAGGAGUGCGCAGAGAACAUGUCCUUCCGCGUGGACAAGGCCUGGCGCCAGCGCUGCUCCCAACGCUUCCGCAACAUCCUGGACAUGGUGGCCAAGAAGGCCGACCACAGCGUGCUGCGCCUCCUGCAGAUCUCGCAGCAGCACAUCGAGUCGCAGCUGGAGCGCGUGAAGCACGAGCGCGAGCUUUGGAAGGAGGUCGUGGAGCGUCGCCAGCAACAGCCUUUGCAGCUGGCCCUGUCCAUGAAGGAGCAGACGGCCACAGCGAAGCUUCAGGACCUGGAGAAGCGGCUGGCCGCCCUGGAGUCAGGCCGGCUGGAGGCGGGCGGUGACGCGCAGGUCAUGAAGAAGGCGGAAGCUGCGGGGCGGCGGGGCGUGGCCACUCGUCUCCAAGACUUCGAGUCUCAGAUCACGGCGCAGCUGUCAAACCUCCAGACAGACUUUGACAAGAAGCUGAGCCAUGUGAACCGCGGUGCCACUGCCACAAAGCCUGCGGACGGGGCUGGGGGCUCUGCUGGCCUGGACACCAUGGCAGAGGACUUGGACCAGCUCAAGUAUGACGUGGGUGAGCUAAAAGACCUUCUCGGCAACAACAAGGGAGAAGUGAACCACAUUCGCCGCAUCGUUCUUGCUUGCGAGCGCGACAUGGAGGACUUCACAGCCGCCAUGGAUGCUGUAAACGUGGACUUGGACGAGAUGCGCGCUCGAGUGGAUGCCACCCAUUCCAUCAUCACCAGCCGCCAGCGAGUGGAGGCGACCAUGACUGCUGAGAUCUCUACCAUGCGCCUGGACAUUGGCGACAUCCAGGAAGCGUUGAAGAACCACGACAGCUGGAUGGAGGAUGUCUCCAACACUUUGCAGCAGAUGCAGGAGAAGGAAGAGAAUCUCACCGAGGACAUCAUCAACUUGAAGAACGAGAUGAACACGAAGCUGGACACGAAGGUUGACAACGUCGCCUGGAAGGAGGCCAAUGAUGACCUGGACGCCGCCAUCAAGACCGUCCGCGACAUGGUCUCCUCGCUCCGCCUGGAUGUGGAUGCCCGCCGCCGCAAGGUGGACGAGAUCCUGGCAACAAUCCGUCAUGACAUCACUGCUGUGGAGACCAACCUGGAGGAGUCCAAGGCCAAAAUCACCAGUGACACAGACCAGGCCGUGAAUGCACUGAAUGGCCGCAUCGACUUCACCAACAAGGAUCUCGCUGCUACCCAAGAAAGCCUUCACACCACUCAGAACUCUCUCAGCGACUGCUUCAACGAGGUGGCGGUGGUGCGCUCCGACUUGGAGCGCAACGUGGCGGACACGGAGGCGCGGCUGAAGAACGACAUCCGGCAGAAGCAGCAAGAGGCCUUCGAGAAGAUUGGAGCCGUGGAGCAGCAGGCGGAGCUGCGCAGCGCGGAAGCCUCGCGGCGCCUGGGAGCCCUGGACCUGCGCAUGAGCGGAGUGCAGGGCGGCCUGGGUGAGCACAAGCGAGACAUCCUGAAGCUCCGAGAGGAAGUGAACGGCCUCACAGUCAAGAGCGCUUCACACGAGGUGGACAUUCAGAAGAACAGCGAUGCAACACGCAAGAUGGAGAAGCAGCGAAACAUGGACGAGCAGAACUGGAAGGCCCAGAUGGACGCCGUGCACGAUGUCCUGGACACCAAGGUCAACGAGAAGCCGUUCGAGGACUUGAAGCACUGCACUGCGGCCUUGACCAGGGGCGUGGUGAAGUUCGCGCAGGUGGUAGGCGUCUUCCCUGGGCCCAAGUUUGACGAUGCGGAAGGUGCGGAUCAAGGGGAGGCGGAUGUGGAGCUGCUGGGCUGGGAGGAGUGUGCAGAGAACAUGUCCUUCCGCGUGGACAAGGCCUGGCGCCAGCGCUGCUCCCAACGCUUCCGCAACAUCCUGGACAUGGUGGCCAAGAAGGCUGACCACAGCGUGCUGCGCCUCCUUCAGAUCUCCCAGCAGCACAUCGAGUCGCAGUUGGAGCGCGUGAAGCACGAGCGCGAGCUCUGGAAGGAGGUCGUGGAGCGUCGCCAGCAACAGCCCCUGCAGCUUGCCUUGUCCAUGAAGGAGCAGACAGCAACGCCAGGUUCGUGA